AUGGAUAUUCCUGUAGCAAACAAGAAUUCACUGUCAUAUUUUUUAUUAUCAUCCAGUAUUAUUUUAUUUCUUUGGACUCUAUCUAGCUUGGCAACUUAUACGAUACCAUAUCAGGUAGCUGUGUUACUUGAAUGUCGAUGGUUACUUGCAUCCUUAUUAGUUACGUGUUUUUUCACGUAUCUUUUUGUUAAUAUCCGCUCUUCAGUGAUGUUUACAGUAACAUAUGUAUCAGCACAGUACUGUCUUGCAUAUAGCACAGUAUCAACGAUAAUAUGUUCAAUUAAUAUUCAUCACGUUUUGAUUAAUUGGUCUGAAGAUGAACAACUCAAAUUGGCAUCAAAUUCAGACCAAGCAAUGCAGAAAUCCGAACGAAAAAUGCAAAUGCUUAUAUGCUCGCUCGUUCACAUAAUUCUCGGAGGGAUUAAUCUUUUUUCAUGUUAUAAAUUUAUGAAAAAUAUACCAUUCGCGUCAUCAUUUAUUGUUCAACAAAUUUGUUGUACAUUUUCAUCAUUAUUAAUUGCAAGGAUGCAAUGGCAGUUUCGUGAUUAUAUAAAUACUUAUAUUUCACGUUUCAUUGUUAUUAUGAACGUUUGUCAACUUGUACAAGAGUUGACAUAUGCUUAUAGCACGUUUAUGAUGAUGAUGUUCGUGAAUAACGAAACAAACUCUCUGUUAUUAAGAUUUAGCUCCGGUUUAAAAAAUCAAGUAAGUUCGUCCUGUAAUAGAGUAUAUUUAAAAAUUUUUUAGUU